AUGAAUUGUAUUGUUAACGUUAAUGUUUCUGAAAACUUGUUGGACUCUGACAAUGUAAAAUUCAUAAGUGAAAUGAAACAACUGGUAGCACUUUUUGUGCCAACAAAUCGAAUUGGUGAUGAAGGAACCAAAUUGAUAAGUGAAAUGAAGCAAUUAAUAUCACUUGGUAUUUCUAAGAAUCAAAUUGGUGCAAAAGGAGUUAAAUACCUAUGUAAACUGAAACAAUUGAUAGCACUGGAUAUUAAUAGAAAUAGAAUUGGUGAUGAAGGAGCCAAAUUGAUAAGUAAAAUGAAACAGUUAACAUUACUUCAUGUUGGUGACAAUCAAAUAGGUGUCAAAGGAGUUAAAUACAUUAGUGAAAUGAAACAAUUAACAUGUCUUUAUAUUUAUGGUAAUGGAAUUGGUGAUGAAGGAGCCAAAUUGAUAAGUGGAAUGAAACAAUUAACAGAACUUUCUAUUGGUCACAAUGAAAUUGGUGAUGAAGGAGCCAAGUUUAUCAGUGAAAUGAAGCAAUUAACAGAACUUUCUAUAUUUUACAAUAGAAUUGGUGACGAAGGGGCCAAAUACAUAAGUGAAAUGAAACAAUUAACAGAUCUUGAUAUUCGUCAUAAUCGAAUUGGUGAUAAAGGAGAAAAAUUGAUAAGUGGAAUGAAAAAAUUAAAAAGACUUUGCUUAUAUUGA